CAGAGAGCCCUGUUUUUGGGUUGUGGUACAAACUUUGCAGAGACCUCACGGUCGACCCAAUCCAUGCUGAGUUUAGCUGACAAUGUGGAGAUCUGGGGACCGGAUAUGCCUGUUUUUGGUUGCUUGGCUUCUCAAAUUCUCUAAUCUCUUUUUUGGUUUUAUUUCCUUUUUCUUUUCUAGGUGAUCGAUGCCAUGUCGAUGUUCCUUUCCAAGUUUCUGUCAGGAAGGAAUAACUCUAAAUCCAAGCUUGAGUUACUGAUAGAAGCGUGGACAAGUAUCCAAAAAUAUUACGAAACUGCUGCUGGUAUAGUGUUUCUGUUACAAGAUCCCUUAAAAGAUGCUGUAGAUCUUACCCCCAUUCCUUGCUGCUUACAAAAUAUCGUCAAACUCAUUCAGGCUGAAGAGCUUGAAUGUCAACGAGCUCCGGAUGGACUCGAAACCGGUCCCUGUCUGGAGUACGUUUUACAUAAACGCGUAUUGGAAGAACUAGUGGAAUUCGCCAAAGUGGACACACCCUAUGGCAUGCGAAUCCACUGUCUCCGAUUCUUCUGUAGUCUAGUCACCAAUGUCCACGCGCAACUGCUACCAGAACGUGCAGUGCACGUACCAUUGCAAAAAUUUAUCGCCUCCUGCCACCGACUCAUCACACACCACUAUGAACAACUUGCCAUGGAUCCAGAUUCUUGCUCCGAAGAACGACACACUGCGAUUUCUGAUUUAUCGCUGGAGCUCGUCAAGCUCAUGCACGGCAUUUUCUCUCAUUUUAAGGGUACCAAUGCUGCCAUGAUGGAUCUUUUUUUCGAGAGAGGCUGGUGUCGCGGCCUGGGCGAAAAUGUCUGGCGAAGUUCCAAAGAUGGCAAGAUAUCCCAAAAGCGACGUGAAAGCUUUGAUGAAAAGAUCGCCUGGAACAUGUUCCUGACGCCGCGCUUUGAUAUGUUCACGCACCUCAUUGACUAUAUGAAUAUUCCUGGUGAAACUGGCGAAAUUGCAAGAGAAGCAAUAUUGUUUGCAUUAAGACUACUGGAUGGUGAUCCAGAGUACGUAUGCUAUGUGGUGGAAUAUUCUGGUUUAUGCGAAGUCAUGGCUGAAAGACUGGCGUUAUUUUUUGCAUGUCUUCCAAAAAAUACAGGCGCUUUUUCAAUCUCCAGCAACAACCGAGUGGUACCGAUCCGACCCCCACGACAACGUAUCCAAUUCUCUGUACCGGCUGUGAUUACCAGUAAUAGCUUAAUGAUUACUGUGAAUGCGCAGAAUAAUUUCAAGAAGAAGAGAAGAAAGCGAAGUUGGUUCGACGCCAAUUUUGUGCGCACCUUGGAAUCAAUGCAAGAUCGCAGUCGGGUCCUAGAUGAGUUUUACAGUUUCUGGGAAUACCUCAACGAUGUAGCACGUGUGGCCGAUAAGCGUUUAAUGACAGCACUCAUGGCUCAGCUUACGACUAUCUUCUGGCAUCCUGUUAUCUGUACAGCACUAAGUUCCCCUUCAGCCGAAGCGGCCACCGCCGCCACGGCAUACACAACAGAAAUGAUUCGUUCGUUGACAGAUCAAAAGCUGCUGCAUUGCUUUCUCGUAGUCCUCAUUGGUGAAGAAGGCGGCGUCGGAAAAGAUCUCGAAGCUGAAGUACGUAGUGCGCAAUCCAGACAUGACUUGCUCGAUGAUGACCAUGAAGAAGGCUCCGAUUCGACGGAAGACGAAAAUCACAUUGAAACCGACAAAGAGUACAAAACGAACGAAGAAGACGAAGAUCAAGAAUUAACCCUUCGUAUUCUCCUCAUUAACCGAAUCGACGCCGAUUACCAUGAACUGGCUUUAUCCACGCUUCGGUUAUUCGAUACAAUUUUGGAAACCUAUAAUCAAUUUGCCAUCUACAACUUGGUGCUUCGUAACUACCUGGAUAUUACAUCUGACGGUGAAUACAUUGAAGACCAACUGAAGAGUGACAUGAGUAUCAGAGACGUCACCGAUACAUCUUCUCUGGGGUCCAAGGCCGUCGAUGAGCGUACAAGCACGAACGAAAAUGACAGGGAAGAAGAGGGUGAAAAGGACAAGGUCGACGAACUUGCUAUUGCAGAUGCGGAAGACCGUCCAGAUACGGGUGCUGACCACAAAGACAGUAAAACAGAAAAGGUUCGAUGGCUCGUGGAGAGAGUUUUAUCUUUGUUACCAUUAGAAGACGAAUUGGAACGAAUGAAGAGUCCUCCAUUAUCGUCAGUCAUCCCCUCAGACUCGUUCGCUUCGAUUGUUCACGGUCGCGACGCUUCAAUUUCAAAUGAUGGACGAGCAAUUUCCGCUCACAACGAAACGGCGAGCCUUCACAGUGACCACAGUGCAAACGACCUGCGCGAUGUGGUUGUCCCUGGCAAUAGCUACGACGAUUAUUUCCACGAAGCAAGAGAACGCUUCCAAUAUGGGUUGCUGGCACGGAAUUUUUGGCAGUUUCCUUAUCCACCGCUUAAAACAAAGCGAGAUUAUGAGCGUGAGAUCGAAGAUCGCAAAGGACGUCCAAAGCGGCCAAAGAGCAUGAUGGUCACAAAGGAGGAAUUAGCGGCCAUCGAUGAUCGAGCGACGGAGGUCAGCAGUACACACGGUAGCAUGAUCAGUCAAGCGCGAUACUUGGAAAGUUACGAAGGAUUAUUUUUGAGUCGGAUAUUUGAUCAGUUCUUCCGCAUGUUGGAAUCAUCCAUGGAACAGAAUUUGCUGGUGACAAGCAUUCUACAAAAAAUCACCGGCAUCGUCGAUCCGCGUGUAGACGGCGUGAUUUGUGAUUUCCGUGCCAUCCGUGUCGGUUGUGAUGGAGCCUUGUACGGCGGUGUAUGGACAUUGCCAAGUGCCAAAUCCAAUCGCCGCAGCUUAUAUUCAUUGUUGGAACAGGUGACAUUUGAAGCAUUGAAAAGGGCACAACUUGUACCAAAUUUUGAAACGCGCAUUUCACUUGCCAAAAAACGUGGAAUCAUUCCUGGUCAGCAACAGCUGUUAUCGACGACGGCACAGGGAUCGACAUCGACUUCGAACGGUCACUUGCUACGAACUGGCUCUUCUUUUACGCUGACACCGUCCAUUUCGACCCCAGCUAGGGAAACAUCGAAAACGUUAUCACGCCAUCCCAGCCUAUCUCAGCUGGUGUUUUCAAAAACAUCCAACUCCAAUGGUGGCUCGACGUCUAGCUUACUUCCUAUAUCUCCGCGAAGCCCUUCAUCUCCAUCUGCGACCAAAUCUGCCAGCGUUCUUUCUGGUAGAGCGAAUCCUACUAUAUCUUCCAUGAUAGGCGAUCGUGAUUCGCCUACUGUACCAAUAUCUCCAGGAUCGAAUUCGUCGUCGUCAUCCUCGUUUUUCCAGCAAUCGCAGCGAGCCAAUGCUACGCCGGUCACCAUGACCAACCCAUUUGCGAAGUUGUCUAAUUUUGUGAAUUCAUACAUUGUACUUCAAGAAUUUUGCAAAGAGUUGGCGGCAGUGAUUUUGGUUCGACAUGCGACAAAUUUCAAUGAUAUUCGAUUCAUACAGCAGGAGAUGGCGAACGAUACGGCGGUUCAUGACUGGAUGGAAGAAGACGAUGAAGAUGAAGCUACACGAAGACGUAAAUUUGAAAAAUGGAAGAACCGAAUCUCUGUGGUAUCGACCAUUGCUGAUUGGCGAAGCGUACGUAGCCUGGAUACCAUUGAUGAAGCGAUCACUUCUCGGGUUCCCUCGGCGACAACAGCCUCACUCGAUGGAAAACGAUGAUAAAACUUGAUUCUCAAUAUUUAUAACUUUAUGUUUAUACAUAGCUUUUUUUCGUCAUAAAGACUUUUUGCAUUGUAA